AUGUCGUCCACCAGCUCUCUCGUCAGUAGAACUAAACGACGCAACGCCCCGCUUUCCUGCGCCGAGUGUAGGCGUCUUAAGCUCAAAUGCUCAAGAGUUUUUCCUUGCUCCAGUUGCGUGAAGAAAGGCUGCGCCGCCAUAUGUCCCGACGGCUCCCUCACAACCGGGAAGGGCAACAGAUUCGUCCUCGCGAAUACUGAAGUCCUGCAUGAGAAAAUAACCAUUCUCGCGAAUCGCGUGAGACAACUAGAAGAUGCUCUCGCAGAGGCUCAUAAUUCCAUCUCACACGAGCCUCAUACCCUUUUGUCAGAAGAGCUUCUGCAAAUAAAGCGGCCAUUAGAGAGGGAGGCGCAAGCAGCAACGCAGGAACCGGAGCCAGAGGUUGCAGAAGCUAUAGACGCGGUCGGCUCACUAUCGAUAACCGAAUCUGGACACACAACAUUCUUCGGCACGACCGCGAAUGCUUGGUACCUGCUGCAGAAUGAGGAAGGUGACGAACACUCGGGCGAGAGCCCGCAGAUCUCACUUCCAACAGACAUACCUUGGUUGAGCCAUACGUUCCCGUUUUCCCCAAGUGUGAACCAAAGUCUGGAGAUCGUCCGUGCUUCUAUACUGGAUCUACUUCCAGAAGCCUCUGAAGCACACCGUCUUGCUGAAAUUUACUACAGACACGCCGGCUGGAUGUACACUCCAGUACCUAAAUCAGAAUUUUACGGUAGCAUUUUGUCGCGAUUCUACGAGUCAGUUACGUCGUCCGAUCAGAGCCCGAGCCCGAGUCCUAUGGACGCACACAAGCUCGCAAUUGUAUUCAUGGUCAUGGCAAUGGGCACCUUGCUUGAUUUGGAAAAACCUCAACUCUCGCCGGAGGCAACACGCUAUUAUCAGCUGGGGCGCGCCGCGCUGUCGUUAGACUCCAUCUUGGAAUCCCAGUCAAUCGCGGCCAUCCAAGCUCUGAUCCUCAUGUGUCACUUCAUGUUUUUAUCCUUCGUUGACGGCCCGCGGUGGGCAUUAAUGGGAAUUGCGGUCAAAUUGGCCCAAAGUCUCGGACUCCACCGCGACAGUGGCAAGUGGAACCUUGACCCACACGAAACGACCCGGCGACGCGCUCUUUUCUAUGAACUGCACACUUACGACUCAUGGCAGAGCCUUACGUUCGGGCGACCCCCGUCGUUUGCGACCGCCUUCAUCGACUGCCAGUUUGCCGAGGAGCCCACCAAGACCGAUCAGGACGAAACUGAGAUGUCCUUUGCUGCAUGGAAGCACCGCUUCUCGUCCCGCUGUCUCAACAUCGUGCACGAGCAAGCCUUCGGUGCGCGUGUACCUAGCUAUCGCAUUAUUCAAAACCUCGACAAAAAGGUCCGGGAGUUCUAUGUCCCGCCUUCACUACGGGUCCCUGGAUUUGGAGAAGCGAAGUUGGAGAUGGAUACUGCAACUGCACCCGUUGAGUUGACCAUGCAGCGAUAUAUCGCCUUUGCUAUCAGAGAAAUUACGAUAUUUUAUAUUCAUAGAGGUUACUUCGCGAGGGCUGUGGAAGAUCAUCCGGACGAUCCGCUCGGAAGCAAGUAUGCGCCGUCCGUCCUUGCAGCGUACAAUAGUGCCUGUUCGUUUGUCGCUCUGGUGAAGAGCUUAUACUCGCAGCAUCCAGGACUGACUCAGCGCAUGUGGUUUCACCCAUGUCUUCUCGUGCGCGAUCGUGCUGGGUUCGAUACCAACCAAGUGUCCAAAAUUGCGGUUUCCAGUAACCCACAUGCGGCCAAAGUUCUGCCGGUCUUGCAGAAGCUCAAAGGCAGAGCGCUGGUGUCAGUGUCGGAGCACCAGUCGAGGGCAUUGGCGUCGAUACCUCCUACUCGCGCCUCACCCCCAGUGACGAAGGAAGACGAGGAAUUUGCGGCACUUGGGGGAAAAACACGUUUGGUGUCACGAAAGUCACCCUCGCUACCUUCAUCGCCAUCGCAGGCGGCCUCGAGCCCGAGAGACUACAGCCCACGAUCAUAUGCUGAGCUAGAGCACACGCCUCCGCCUGCCCCUGACUCCGUCCCCCAGGCCCAUAUCCAUCAAGCUAUGAUGGAAGCUCCGACACAGUGGCAAGGUUACGAGCAGCCUGUCCAGGAUGUCUAUGAUUACCCUCCGUACCAGGAGAUGCAUGUGCAGUGGCCGAUGUACGGCAGCUAUGAACAUAUGCAACCUGCGAUGGUCAUGGACCCAGCGGCGCAAUACUCCACUUACCAGCUACAAGAUAUUCCGAUGCAGGCAGCCUACAUUCCUCAGGAAAUGGCCGCUCCACCGGAGGCGCAUGUGCAUUCGGCCUGGUCAAAUCUCUUUGCACAGUAUAGUGCGGGGUAG